UUUUUUAUAUAAAUUUUUUAAGGUAAAAUCAAAAGGUAACAAAGGAAAUGGGAUGAGAGCUAAUAGUAAAUUUAAUGAGAAACCUUUGAGGGACACUGACAAUAAUAAUGACUAUGAAACACUUCCUGGAACAAUUAAUAUUGGGCAAAAUGCAAGUUUAAGUGAAGAAAACAGCCAAUUAGAUGACGACAAUCUUUAUAUUCAACCAAAAUUAAAUUCAAAAUUUUCAAGAAAAAAUUCCACAUUAAAACAACAGCAACAGCAAAAUUAUCGUCUACAAAAAGAACGUUUGCGUCAUGAAACUUUAGCGGAUGAAAAUGUUCACGUUGGAUUAAUGUUUGGGUCAAAGGCUUUAAUCCAAUUAAUUACCAAUCCGUUAAUUGGACCGUUGACAAAUAAGAUUGGUUAUACAGUACCAAUGUUUGGCGGCUUCAUUAUUUUAUUUCUGUCAACAUUGCUUUUUGCAUUUGGAAGUUCUUUUAGCUCGCUUUGGUUGGCUAGAGCUUUACAAGGUAUGGGAAUGCUUGCCCAAGCUUAUCCAGAUGAUGCUGAACGUGGAAGUGCAAUGGGUAUUGCUUUGGGUGGAUUAGCUUUGGGUGUACUUGUUGGGCCGCCUUAUGGAGGCUUGCUUUAUCAAUGGGCAGGAAAGGAACUUCCUUUCAUUUUACUUGCUUUGCUUGCAUUGUUUGAUGGAAGUUCAAUAACCAUUGGAAAUUUGGGUAUUGCAAUACUUGAACCUUCCCUGCCUCUUUGGAUGAUGGAAAGCUGGUCAGCUUCAAUAUCUUAUAUGAUUGGAACUAAUAUAUUUGGACCUUUAGCUCACAAAAUUGGAAGAUGGUUGAGUACAUUUAUUGGAAUUGUUGUAAUUGGAUUUUGUUUAAUUUUGAUUCCUUCAGCAGAAUCAAUUUAUGGACUUGUCUUACCUAACUUUUUUAUGGGAUUUUCUAUUGGAAUGAUUGAUGCUUCAAUGUUCCCAAUGAUGGGUUAUAUUGUUGAUAUUCGUCAUGUUGGCGUUUAUGGUUCAAUUUAUGCGAUUGCUGAUGCUGCUUUUUGUUUUGCUUUCUUUCUUGGGCCUUUCUUUAGUGGACCUCUUGUGAGGUCUGUUGGAUUUCCGACAAUGAUGUAUUUCAUAGCGGCAAUAAAUUUUUGUUAUGCUCCUUUAAUGUUUUUCCUUCGUCAUUUACCGCCAACAAAUACACAAACUGAAGGAGGAGGAGAACAACAAACAUUAACUUCAACAAAUCAACAACAACAAAAACAAAUAAUAUUAAAUACUCCUUUAAUUUAUGAAAAAAUUGAAGGAAUUAAUGAUCCUCAACUUUUGUAUGGAAAUGAACAACAAAAAAGACAAACAAAUGGUUUUAAUUCUGUGUGGGAUGAUUAG